UUGAGCCUCGUUUGGUCUAGCUGGUUGGGAGGAGGCAAUGGCACCCGUUCUGUGCUACCUGCUUCUCCUUUGGCUGACCUCCUGGAUAGCAGCCACUGAAGCACCCAGGGAAACUAUGCAGCUGGUCCAAGUCACAGAAUCCCAGGAAGUUUCUUUGUCCUGCAUUCUGGAUCAUGCACUGGCUUCAAGAGACUUAGAUCUGAUCUGGCUCGGUCCAAAAAGGAAAGAACUGCUGUAUGUAAAUGUGAGGUACCACCAACCAGAGGCAGAUCUGAAUGCUAUGUGGGGCUUGUUGAUCCACAGAACCUCUGUGCAGAAUACCACUUGGCUUACCUGCGAAUGGAAUGGCAUGUCAGGAAAGCCCCAUGUGCUCCCAAACAACACCAGACACCAGGAAGACUUCCCUCAUUCGGUGGAUCCCAAAUAUUUUCAUUGUGAUGCCCCAGUGCACAGAAAUUGGACACAGGGGACACUGCUCUGGAUUCAGCAUGAUUCACCAGACCAAAAUGCAGUUCUGAUUAACAUGACAAUAUGGCGCUCUGUUCGCUACUCACUGGAUAUGAAUGCCAGUUUCGUUUCUUUGAUCCUUCCAUCUGUAACCUUUGAAGACGCUGGGAACUAUUCCUGUCAGUGGAAAAAUCAGACAUGCCAUUUUCAGCUAGAGGUGAUAGCAAAUAAAGUUGUUUGGUAUUGGAUGAUUUGGUCCGUAGCACUGGGAUAUAUGGUUGUCUGCCUCGGCUCCCUUUCUUGCUUUCUGUGGCUCUGGCGAGUCCACCGAGCUCGAGCUCGAAGACAACAGAUGAAGCUGAGGAGUCCUGCCAAGAGAAGAUACUUUUGUGCCAAACAGAAGAAGAGAUAUAUCUCCAAUAAGACUGUGGUAUCCCCAGCAAAUGAUAAUGUCACAGAGCAAGUUGAUGCCUUCUCCUAUGAAAAUGUUCUGCCAGAUAUGGGUGCACAGCAUGGCCAAAGGUUACUGCAGAAAGGAAAGAUCUUGCCCAAUACCCUGAAUAUGGAAGAUGAAGAGGAAUAUGAAUGCCCUGAUAGUGAAAUCGAGCUCAAGUCAGAUGAUGAUGAAAACUAUGAAAAUACCCAAGAAGAAGUGAAACAGGGAGAUGUGGUUUUGAGUGAUGUGCUCAUUUAUGAAAAUAACAAGGACAAGGUGAUAUCCAAUUUCCACAGUGGGAACUCAGUUGACUCAUGGUACUCUAACAAAACCCAGCAGAUCCUUGAGAAUCUGACCCAAGACCAAGAGCCUAUUGCUGAAGACAAUGAAAACUAUAUAAACUUGGAAGAAGAGUGUCCUCUAAGCCCUGGUGCAGCACGACUCAUAGCAGGUUUACGCUUACAGCUGGCUCUGGACCCCCACAUAGAUAGGCAGGAUGGGGGCAGUGAACCUUCUACAGGCUCCCAAUCCUAUGAAGAGAUGAAUGGAUCCUUAUGUCCCACUGCAAGCAGGCUUCUCCACCUACAUGCCAACACAAGCAAUGAGGAAGAUGCCGAUUCCUAUGAAAAUAUGGAAAGCCCCACAAGCGUCAAUUCAUGGAGGGAAUGCACCUUGGAUCCACAUGGAGAAGGUGUUCACUUUGGUUCCAGGUGGCAACAUAUCUCUGUUCCUUUCGGGGUUGAUCUCAGAGUGGGCUGCUCUGCUCAGACUAAUAUUGCCAUAGCAUGGGACCAAGCUGGGAGAAAUUCCUUUCCUCUCUAAAUUAAGGAUAUUUCUACUCAGACUUCUACUCUGUUGCUCCAGAGGAUGAGGCAUGUUGGAUCCCUGCAGAGCAGAGGAAUAUGUUAUUAUGUCAGUGCUUCUAGAAUAGGAGAAGAAGGGGCGGGGAGAUUAGACUUGUAUCUGAUCUCUCGCAGUUGGAGCAGUGAAGAAUCCCAGGAAGCAGAAGGGGGUUUGGCUGGAGACACACGUUUUUCAAGAACUGAAAGUGUUGAGACUGUGAAAACAUUUCAUUUGUUCCACGAUUGCUUCUGAGCAAACAGGCAUUUAAAAGAAAACAAAAACUGGUUUA